CACCUCCACUUUGGUUUUCCCUUCACCGGCCUUCUGGGUUCUUGAUCCUGGGUGGGAGAUGGCCGCGAGCUCGAGGGGGCUUGCGGCGCCCCCGUUCGAUCUCGGCGUCAGGAGGGUCCGUUCCCCGCCGCCGCUCGCGGCGCCCCCUCGCCGGCGGACCCGCGCCUGGGGAAGAGGGGUGGGGAGAGCCGGAGUGAGGUGCUGCUGCCCGGCGGAGAAGGCGGGGGAGUGGUGGCUCGAGCCGAUGAAGCAGGGAGGCGGCGGCGGCGGCGCACGGAGAACUCGGGCGGAGGCGCUUCCGUCCCUCCCCUUCCCCUCGCCGCGAUCCAAAAGGCUCUUCAAACAGCAAGAUUUCUCUUCUCGCUGCAGUCCUAGAGGUCCUGCUCCGGAGUCUCGUGAUACUCCACCCAAGAGAGACACUGGUAUUGCUAGUGAGAAAGAAUGGGGCAUCAACUUACUAGAUGAAAAGGUCAGCGAGUCAGGCACAAAUGAAGAUGGUAGUACAUGGUAUCGGGAAAGCGGAGAAGAACUUGGUGAUAAUGGAUACAGGUGUCGUUGGGCUAAAAUGGGAGGUCAAUCUCAUGAUGGCUCUUCAGAGUGGAAAGAAACUUGGUGGGAGAAAAGUGAUUGGACUGGAUACAAAGAGUUAGGUGCAGAGAAAUCUGGGAGAAAUGCUGAAGGAGAUUCAUGGUGGGAAACAUGGAAGGAAGUUCUGUACCAAGACGAAUGGAGUAAUCUUGCAAGGAUAGAGAGGAGUGCACAGAAGCAAGCAAAAUCAGGCACAGAAAAUGCUGGAUGGUAUGAGAAAUGGUGGGAAAAGUAUGAUGCAAAAGGUUGGACAGAGAAAGGAGCUCAUAAGUAUGGAAGAUUGAAUGAACAAUCCUGGUGGGAGAAGUGGGGAGAACACUAUGAUGGAAGAGGAUUCGUACUCAAAUGGACUGAUAAAUGGGCAGAGACUCAGUUAGGUACCAGAUGGGGGGAUAAAUGGGAAGAGAAGUUCUUUGCUGGAAUAGGUUCACGACAAGGGGAGACAUGGCAUGUGUCUCCUGCUGGUGAACGUUGGUCAAGAACCUGGGGAGAAGAGCACUUUGGAAAUGGGAAAGUACACAAGUAUGGCAAAAGUACCACAGGAGAAAGCUGGGAUAUCGUUGUGGAUGAAGAAACCUAUUAUGAGGGUGAGCCUCAUUACGGAUGGGCAGAAGUCGUGGGUGAUUCCACCCAAUUGUUAUCGAUACAACCUCAAGAAAGGCCACCGGGUGUAUACCCAAAUCUUGACUUUGGUGCAUCAGAACGACAGAAGGACGAUCCACCAGAUGAACCCCUGCAGCAGUGAAUGGUGUUUGCGUCCUUUUUUUUUUUUUUUUUUUUUUUUCCUUUUUCCUUUUGUUUUGGCCUCCCAAUUUUUGUGCUGACUUAUCACAUGAAAUGAUCUCUUUCUUCUAUUGGUUCGUUCGUUCGUU